UCAGUGAAGUACAAAGCUUCGUGACAGUGUCAGUGAAAGACCUACAACGAGAAAGAUAGUCAGUCUCCUCCGUUAUUCUGCUCCCAAAGCAACAAACCAAAGAAGACUAACUAAACAAGCACUCAUUGCGAAAGUCAAUUCUACUGAAGGUUCUGAAAGAGAAAUGGCAUACCGUCCCACAGCUCGAGUUCUCUUCGGGGGCGUGGCAGCUUUCAGGAAUGUUGCCACCCAGCAGGUGAGGCAGAUCUGUACCAAGAACUGCAUCAACUGCAAGACCACCAGAUCUCUGAGUCUUGCAUCCAAAGCCUGGCAACAGCAUCAGGUGAAGGAGAAGGAAGCAGUUGAAUUCCCAGUUCCAGGCGUCCCAAUCUCCUCUACCCAAGUGAGCAAAGAUUCAGUGACAGUCAAAUUCGGUGAUGGCAGCGAGAGCCCGAUGCCCUAUGUGUGGCUGAGGGACAACUGUCGGUGCCCUGACUGCUACAGCAACGAUGCUCUGGGCAGGAAAUACCUCCUGACUGACCUCGACGUUGACGUCCAAGCUUUGGUUAUACAGAGUAAUGAUGAGGUACUGAACAUCAAGUGGAGUGACGGGCACGUGUCCGAGUACCCAGCAGAAUGGCUCCAUGCCAGGGCAUUCACGCCAACAGCCAGAGCCCUCAGGAGGAAAGUUUAUGCUCUGCCAAGGGAACCCUGGGGCUCCAACCACAAGCUGCGAGAGUUCGAUUACGAGGCCAUGAAGAGGGACGAUAAGGUGCUCCUGGAAUGGCUCCUAACUAUGGAGACUCAAGGAUCAGCGAUGCUCAAGAAUGUGCCAGGUAGAGACGUCGCAGGACCCGAGAUGAUCGAACACAUCGCAUUUGUCAAACAGUCCCAUUAUGGACCCCAUUCUCCAGUGAUCAACAGACCAAACACCAACAACGUCGCUUUCACCAACGCCAAAUUAGGGAUGCACAAUGACCUUCCUCAGUACGAACAAAUGCCCGGGAUCAUCUUCAUCCACUGCUUGAAGCAGCACGUCGGCACCGGAGGUGAGAGCGUCGUUGCAGAUGGGCUCUUUGGUGCCGAGCUCCUCAGGAGGGAACACCCGGAGGCCUUCCAGAUCCUGACCACCACCGACUCCUACUUCUGGGACAAAGGGCACGCCAACUUCUCCUGGGAGAUGGACGAGUUCUAUAAGAUCUCCAAGUUCCCCAUCAUCACACUCAACAGCAACCAAGAAGUCACCCGGAUUGCUGUCAACAACGCCAUCCGAGACUCCUACCUCGACCUACCAUCGAACAAGGUCAAGAAAUUCUACGAGGCCAUGAAGCUCUUCAACGACAUCCUUUACGCCAACUCCUCCACCUUCAAGAUGGACUCGGGCGACCUGAUGACUCUGGACAACGUGCGGUGCCUUCACGGCCGUGAAGGCUACGAAGCCUUCAGCGACCGGCACAUCGAGUCUUCUUACCUCGACUGGGAUGAGGCUCGAUGCCGCCGGAGGAGAAUCCAAGAGAAACUAGGCCUACUCCGGACUGUCUGAGGCCUAAGCCUUUUCCUCUUCUUCGUAGUUGAAUUAUUCAUAUUGAUGUUCAAAGAUGCGUUUUGAAAUAGAAUCAGAAAUGCACUAUUUAAGGAGAAAAAUAAGAAAUAUUAUGAUGAAGGGCUGAUAGAAUACUAUUCAAAGGAUUCUGAUGAUUGAUUUAAAGAUACGUAAUAUUUUAAAAGCAUAUAUUAGGCUAAUUGUUCUGUUUAAUGAUAUACUGAUAAUUAUCCUGUUAUUCAGUUAUUCUGGAUUAUCAUUAAGGGUUAGUAGAAUAUUAUCCAAGGGAUUUGUUAUGAUUUCCUUAACGAUGCAUAAUAUUUUAUAUGCAUACAUUAGGCUAAUUUGUCUUUUUUUAAUUCUAUUCUGGCAAUUUUUCUGUUACCCAAUUACUCUGGAUUAUCAUUAAGGGUUCGUAGAAUACUAUCCAAGGGAUUUUUUAUUUCCUUAAAAACAUUUAUAAUAUUUUAAAUGCAUAUAUUAGGUUCAUUUGUUCUUUUUAAUGGUACACUAACAAUUUUCCUGUUAUCCAGUUACUCUGGAUUAUCAUUAAGGGUUAGUAGAAUAUUAUUCAAGGGAUUUUUGAUGAUUUCUUUAGAGAUGUCUAACAUUUUAAAUGCAUAUAUAAGGCUAAUUUGUCUUUUCUAAUGGGGUACUCACAAUUUUUCUGUUAUCCAGUUGCUCUGACGACUUGGAACUAUGGAUAAGUCAGACUCAUUCAUAUUCAUAUGCUUUUAUCUCUGUUUCAGUGGUUACCUUAUCAUUUGUCUUUAUAUAGCAUUAUGAGUUUCAUUUGUAAAUAUCAUUAUGCAUCAUGGUCAUAUUCAUCUUUUUUUUUAUUUAUUGUGAUGUUCACAAACGAAUUUUGUAUAAAGCAAUAUUUUUGCAUACAUUAUUUUUGUAAUAUUCGACGAAUAAUAAUAAUAAAAAGAUAUGAAAUAAA